AUGUCUUCUCCUGAAGGAGAUGACAACUCGCAGGGUGCAGCGUAUCCAUGGGUUUUAGAGCACUUGUUGACCUAUCCUGGCACCUACGAGAUCCCCCUGCGAACCAUGUACACCCUCAACGCUACCACUCAACAUCAACAGCAAUGUCCGCCAAUACCGUCGCCUAAUACUGUCCCUGGCAAUGCUUUUCCUCGGAAGUCUCCCGCAUCCGUUGAGGAGCAGCAAAACAUGACAACAAUGACUGCUGCUGCUCAAUUACGCGCCAACCUCAUACAACAUAUAUCGCAAUUGCCAUCUCAGCCAACGUCCUUGCCUCCUAGCUUCAUCACAAGCUUUGUCCGAAGGUGUUUUCCGCGCGAACUAGAUCAGGUGGACUUUCCUCAAGCAUUGACUGCCAUGGAUUAUCUGAAGGAUCUGGAGGUCAGACGUCGGCGAGAGGUGGUUGCAGCCUUGGACAAACUGGGAAUCGACCAAGAGGACCUCAGUCACCGAGAUAAACUGGCACAGAAAUAUCCCGGCGUUCUGCGUUGGGUCUCCGAUAUCGAAGAGAGGGAACGCAAGGUUGAAGCACUCUAUACUCAAGUUUACAUUGGCCUGAGACGAUGGACCUUGAUCAACGAGCUCUCUUUGACCCCAUUCGACAAGGGAAAUUGUCUGGCCAUGCUUAACACCCUUUACCCCCCCAUCAACAUGAAUGCCGGCCAUUUUGUGCAGCCCACAGCACAACUGACGCCACAAAUUCUCACCCAGCAACGCACUGGAUUCUUCAAGUACAUUACUGCCGUGGAAAAGAACGGGCCUGCAGUUUUGUCCAACCUGAUGAACCAGGCCAAGAAGGCCGAAGAUCCCAACGGCUGGGUCAGUCUCCGAGAUACUCUCGACAAGUAUGUUCGCAUGGCAAACAGUAUCAUUGAAGAAUGCUACGGCAUCACUGGUCACAGUCAAUCUCCGACUACCGCGACGUUCAGGUCUUUUGAGCAUGAAGAAGAGGGCCGCCGCAAGGUCGACUCUGCCAUUUCCUUCGGCUCAGGCAGCUCAUCGAAUCGCAACUCUGCCCAAAGCAACAAGUCUGUUCAUAGCCAAAAGAGCCACACAACGAGGCCUAGCACCAGCAGCAGUUUCAGCAGCAGCAGUCGUAGCCAUAGUCGUCAAGUCUCCCAGGACAAACAACUUGUUGAAAAGCCACUCCCGCCACUGAAGGAUGACGAAAUUACUGUGAUACAGAAGUCUUCUGGGUCAACAUUAGAGCGAAUCGCUCGUGAACUCCGGAAAAUGAAGAGUCGCAGCAACGUGAAAGAUGAAUUACGUCCACGCACGCCGUCACAUCCUCCGGAUAUGAUGGUUACUGAUAACUACGAUCGACCACCAACAACACCUGCGAAAGACCGCAGCUUGAAGAGCAAACUUAGCAUACGGAGAAUGCGAUCCAACACUGCUCUCUCUGACAUGACUGGUAUGCGAUCUCCCAGUCGCCAUGGAGAACAAACUGCCCAGGAGAUGCCAGUGUUUAACGCAGACGAGAUGAACAAAAGCCGACAAAGAUGGGAGACUCAGCAAAAGCUGAAAGAGAGAAGUGCCGAUGAUGGAUUGAGCGCGUAA